UCAGCUCAGGAGGAAUAUGAUCCAGGAACAUCAGGGGCAACAAGGUUGAUGGUUUAUGGCGAAGUGUGAGCAAAGCAUCACGACUGUAUCGUGGACUGGUUCGAAGUUCCGGGUGCACUGAGGGGAGAAAGUGUCCACAACUCCAUCUUGUUGAAAGCAAAAUCGUCUGCAUUAGCUCUCAGCCUGAAGUGGCCGAAAGAUUCCAGGGUCAGCAGAACACAGUGUCGUUUUCGGGACACCACUGUGUUGGAGGAUUUAGCAGACAGUGGCGAAUCAAAGUGGCGACGUGAAUUUUUUGAGGCGAUUUAAUGAAUUCUGAAUUGGAGCGCAGAUUCGAUCAAGCUGGCAUGUCAACAGCUGCAAAGAGGGAGAAAGUGCUGGUGGAUUCUGCUAAGGGCAUUGUUUCCGAUGCUGACAUCAGUAACCUUCAGCUUCCGCAGAUGGACACUGCAUCCCUAGGCCUGCAACUGAGGAUGCUGGGUGGUCUCACCAAGCAACAAGCAUUCCACUCAGUCAAAGAGUGGAUUGCUCGAUUUGCGUCAUCUCUACAUCCACAAACGAGAGGGCUCUUCACCAAGGUGGAAAAGCUGAUCCACCUGUGCCUCUGUUUACCAGUGUCUACUGCUUGCUCAGAAAGGUCUUUCUCAGCUCUUCGCCGCCUGAAAACCUGGCUCCGUAGCACUGUAACUCAGAGUAGACUCACACACAUGGCCCUGCUUCACAUCCACAAGGACAUUUUGGAUGAUCUGAAUCUGAAUUCAGCGUCUCAUGGCAGAGUUUAUCACCCGAACACCAGAGCGCAAAUCUACGUUUGGUGUACCAAAUUCAUCGUAAGGUUCUAAACGCUCCAGGUGUAAAACUGAGAAAAGUUACCUUGGUGUCAGAGUACGCAUGCCUGUCAGGGACUUGUUAAGAAACAUACGCAUAGCGAAGGGAAUGGAUCCUAAGGAUAUCCAGAGAAUGUCUGCGAAGGCAUCAAAAGGAGACAAAAAACGUGUCAAGACGUCAGCAGAUCGAAGAAACAACCAGAAAAAACGUAACUCGGUGGCUCAGGAGGAAUUGUCCAUAAUAGUGGAGGUGUUGGAGGAAGACCUCAAAAAGAGCACGUCCACACACCAGCCCAAUAAAUUGGUCACCUCGGCCAACAGACCCGAGCACAAUCCACUGCCUGAAGAGUUCCUUCCCCAGACAUACUUUUGUGAGUUCAGUCAGAAAAUGGAGAUGGCCCCUUCUCCAGAGCCUACCUCGCCUCCCGCACCCUCCUCCCCGGACGGGUUCUUCUCCUUCCCAUGUGCAGAGUAUCGGAGGAGUUUUUCGGUCCUUGCCGACAGCUUCGGUGGCUACAGUAGUGACGACUCUGAAGACUUCCGUGCCAGUCCGCAGCAGUAUGUCGCUGACUCCCCCAGCUCAGGGGACUACCAGUUCCCCUCGUAUCAUGACUCCUGUCAGUCCAGCCCAGAAUCUGCAUGUGAUUUUGGUCUGGACUAUGCUGAGGGGUCGGCGAUAAGUCAGGAGUUCCACGGUUUCUCUCAGCAGGGUUCCUAUCAGCAGAAGGAGUGGUCCAAUGACUUCUUCUGGAACCAAGUUGAGAGGGAAGGGAACCUUCUGAAAAGGUUCUCCAACAGGGAGCUGCUGACACCUGACAGGAAUGGAAAAUUGUUGCUUCAUCGACUGGUCGAAGAGGGCAAGCGGGCACACGUGUACAUUAUUGCCAAAAGAAUGGCCGACCUGAAUCAACUGAACGCCAAGGAUCAGGAGGGGAAGACUGCUCUUCACAUGGCUGCACAGAAAAACCAGCAUGUGAUGGUAGCUGACCUGAUCAGUUUGGGUGCUAACAUCAACGAGAGGGACCUGUGUGGGAAGACGUGUCUCCAUCUCGGUGCAGAAAAUGGCUAUGUCAGGGUGCUAGAGGUCAUUAUGAACGCAAUGAGAGAUGGAGUGCAUGUGGAUUUGGAAGUCAAAGAUAUGAAUGGGCUGAGCAUCCUGCAGAGCACAGUGGUAUCCCUCAGUGGCAUGGUGCAGGAGGGCGAGAGCAGGGCCCUGCAGGGCCACGCCAGGCUCCACGCCCUGCGCAAGCAGCAGAUGAUGGAGACGCUCGAGUGCCUCCUGCAGAUGGAGAGUAACGUGCACAAUGUGGAGAUCUGCAUGACCUAGCUGUGGCCUGCCCGCCAUCACAUAUCUGUAGUUGUCAUGAACUUCACGUGUGUGUGUGUGUGUGUGUGUGUGAGCAUCUGCAGAAAGAAUGCAGUCCUGUUAACUGACGGUACAUGUUUCUGAGUGAGUACAAGCUUGAACCUGUCUCAGAAGAGUUCAGAGGAAGAAGAAGAAAAGCCAACAGUAGUUGGAAGGCCAGUUGUUUGUGUCGAGAGAGAGAGAGGAGCGUCUUCUUCUGGGCUUAAAGGUCAAAGCUAUGUAUUAUGCAGCCAGAGGGUAUUUGCAGAGUUCUGCGAUUAUCACUGAGGCUGCUCAUUAGCUGGUUUCUAUGGAAACUUAUCCUGUUUGUUCAAUUUUCUUGGUAUAUGAAGACACACAUGUGGAGUAUACUGUGUGAUCAGUCAAUGUGUAUAUAAUAUACACAAAUAUUAUUUGUGUAGCCUCCCACCGUGUCGCUGCCUUUAUGCAGGUAGUGAGGUAAUGUUAGGGAGUGCUGCGUGGCAUGCUCAUGUUUUUUACAUGUUACAUUGUAUUUUACUGUGGGCCCUAUUUUGGCGAUCUAAAACGCAUGGUCACUAGCGAAUAGCUUAAUUCAAUUUAGGGGUUUGUCCAGUCCACAUUGGGGGUGGUUUGGUUAUCAAACAUUAUCAAAAGUCGGGCGGAUGGCACAACAAGGCGGUUAUUAUGUUUCUUAAUCACUCUUGGGUUAAACCAAUGAGAAUGACACCUGUCAUUCCCUUUAACAGCACGCAGCGCAAUUCCAAACAGCGCAUCUGUAUUUUGCAGCGCAUUUGAAGGAAUCUGCUUGCACGUGAGACCGAAUGGAACAGAUAUUCCACUAAACCAUGCUAUACUAAAACCUAGCAGAGCAUAUAGCCUAUACGCAUCUGUUCUCGUUUAUCCUGCAGAGGAGUGGCUCGUACUCGUUACUGGCUAAGAGCGUCUUAAUGGUACUUCUCACUGAAGUUACCAGGGAAUUACAACUUGGAAUAUAAUUAUCCAACUUAGGUUCCCAUUCUUUAUCGUAUUUACUUGUGAUGAAUCAGAUUUUAGCAUGCAAAAUACUCUGACCUUUAUUUUUAUAGACUUUAUUUGUAUAUCAGUCAUUGCCAUGGACAUAGACUAUGUUAAUGUGACAGGUCAUGUUAGAUAUCAGUUUAGUGGUAUACGCAAGUAGGCUACAACCCUGGAUAUUUGAGGUAGGACAUGGAUUCGCUUAAAUAGAGGACAAAAUGGGACUGAAACCCCAGUGUGUGGUGUGCAGUGAAUUGCUGGCACAUGAGAGCAUGAAACCAAUAAAACAAAAAUGCUUCAUGGAAACUAAGUACCCCUGUUAAAAGCAAACCUGUCGAGUACUUUGAAAGGUGUUGAAGACGCACAAAUGUAAUUCCAAACAUCAGCAUGUUCCAAACAAGUAGGCCUACAGGCACUUUGCGUGUCUUACCAUGUAGCUCACCAUAUCUGUUGGCUUGAAAGCUAAAACAAAAUUGCGUCACGAUUAAAGUCGCGACUAAAUGGGAACAUGGGGAAAUUGUGGGUCCUAAAGCCAGACCAGUUAAGAACCACUGGUUUAGUCUGCUGUGUCAAAAUCUAAGCCUAUAUGUUAUUUAAGCCUACACAUUUCCUCACUUUCUUACGCGACCUCUUUCUUAUCUUCAAACGUCUUCUUAAGUGACACCCCGAAACACUAUUGCACAGGCAGCACACAGGACUCUCACAAGUAGCAAAGAACUGGCAUGACCAAUGUAGGAGUAAGUUAUUGCCCAAGCCUAAUAUGUUUAUAUAUCUUCCAACAAACAUAAAAACGGUGCAACAAUCUAAUGUUAAAUAAUUAUUAUUUAUGUCUCUGUGUGGCAUAUAGCCUACUUGGGAUGCUUACAUGCAGAUGUCAAAGUUUUUCUAUUUUUGUAUUGAUGUGAAUUAAUUAACUAUCAAAUUAGAGGAUAUUUCAGAACUAUUAACAUGGACAGCUCCCCUUAAGAGCAUCUUAAAAGCAGUGCACACGCGUUCACGCUAUGAGCGUGUUCGGAAUAAUGCGCUAGACCACACCUUCGGUUGUUAAUUGCCACACCCCUGAGCACAUUGUUCAAUAAAAGAGUGUAAGAUAGGAAUAAACUUUGCGUCAGGAUAAUAAUCCACUUUGCACCAGGUUUUGCGUCGCAAAAGUAGGGCCCUAUGACUUUGUAAUCUAUUAAUGGUGCAGUCUAUACUUCCAAUCCAAACUACGGAGUGCUCAUCACCAUGGUCUAAGUCAUCAAUGGAAAAAAAGAAAAGAAUUAAGGCACUUCUGUCAGAAUUAAGGCACUUCUUUAUUAAAUACUGGUGACAUGGCUGCAUGUUUCAAUCGUCCUCAUCAGGGCAUGACUUUUUGUCAAAUUGAGGAAUUUUUUCAUCACAGCCUUCUAGCUAUCAAUUGUGUCUAUGCCCAGAGAGGUGACUGCAUGCAGUCCUUGCUCUGUAAAAGUGACAUGGACCAAGCUAUAAACUAUUUUUGCUUCACGAGCAUAGAAGUGAUAUGUGAUAUGCUCAUCAGAAUUGCAGACUACACCUUUAAUGGAGUUAUUUAUAUAUGUAUAUGUAUAUAAUUUGGUGGAGGACCUCUGUAAGGAACCUUGUUUCAUUUUUUGAGUGAUAAUCAAUUCAGAAAAUAGUGAUUUAUUUCUAACUUCAGUUUGGUUUGAUGGGUU